CUGACCCUUCAUCACUUCAGAAACGACUGGAGAAAGGACAACAGCGCUGGACCAGAAUCAUUGAAGAAUUCCUGGAGUAACUCCUCUUAUUGCUUCUGAAGAUACUAAACGUAAACUUACAGCUUUUGUGGAAAGAACUUAAAAUUCUAUGUGUUUUGGUGGCAUUGCCACGUGUCAGCACUUCACAUAAAGAUGCUUUGAUCCAGCCAGGCAAUUACACAAAACACACUUUAGACAGAAGAGGAAACACUUCUGGGAAUAAUUCUCUAUUUAUCAAGAGUUUAUGAAUUGAAGUUCAGACAUUAGAACACAUCUCAAAAUGGAGGACCACAUGACCAAAAUGUUUUCUUCUGACACCUCCAAUGACCUUCCAGAUGGACAUCAAGCAGUCUCAGGUAAAGCACUCGACCAAAGUCUGCUCUGUAAAGUGUGUUCUGAUUCAAGCAGUGGUAAACACUAUGGCAUCUAUGCCUGCAACGGCUGCAGUGGCUUCUUCAAGCGCAGUGUGAGACGAAGACUCAUCUACAGGUGCCAGGCUGGAACAGGCAGGUGCCCUGUUGACAAGGCACAUCGAAACCAAUGCCAAGCUUGUCGACUGAAGAAGUGUCUCCAGGCUGGCAUGAACAAAGAUGCUGUGCAGAAUGAGCGACAGCCUCGCAGCACAGCACAUGUCAGUCUAGACUCUAUAAGUAUGGACACUAAAAAGGAGCACCUGGCCACCACAAGGGAGCUCACUUCCCCUGCCACCUAUUCAGCAGUCAUCGGCAGACCUCUGCUCACCUCCUCCAACACCACCUCUGCCACCAUUCAGCCCUGCAGCAACUCUCAUAAUUACCACCGCUUUAUGGUCAGCCUGCUAACUGCAGAGACCUGCGCAAAACUGGAGCCAGAGGACGUGGAGGAGAACAUUGACGUGACGACCAAUGACUCAGAGAGAGAUCGGACUCCCUCUGACUGUCGUAUGUCCCCGUACACCUCCAAAUGUUCAGAGAGUAUCUAUGAGACAUCAGCACGACUCCUCUUCAUGUCCGUCAAGUGGGCAAAAAAUUUGCCAGUCUUUGCUCACCUGCCAUUUCGAGACCAGGUGAUUCUCCUCGAGGAAGCUUGGAGUGAGAUGUUCCUCUUGUGUGCCAUCCAGUGGUCUCUUCCCAUGGACAGCUGUCCUCUUCUGUCUCUGCCAGAUCUGUCUCCCACACAGCAGGCUAAGAUCAGCCUCCCCACAGCUGACCUGCGCAUCCUGGAGGAGGUCUUUAAUCGCUUUAAGGCCCUGGCUGUUGACCCCACUGAGUUUGCCUGCCUGAAAGCCAUUGUGUUGUUCAAGCCAGAGACACGCAGCCUCAAAGACCCAGAGCAGGUGGAGAAUCUGCAGGACCAGUCUCAGGUGUUGUUGGGUCAGCACAUCCAUUCAGCGUACCCCGGCCAAAGUGCCAGGUUUGGGAGACUGUUACUUCUGCUGCCAUCCCUUCACUUUGUGAGCUCGGAGAAAAUAGAGCAGCUGUUCUUCCACAGGACCAUUGGCAGCACACCCAUGGAGAAGCUGCUGUGUGACAUGUUCAAAAACUAAGAUGCAAACUAUAACAAGCAAAGAGAAAGGCUGAAUGACACCAGUAAGAAAAAACACCAUAAACCAACCCCUGAAGCAACAUGUUGUGUGGUUGUUUGUUUCACAUAUUCUGGUUAUGACUUCUCCUUUCAAAUUCAACAUAGUAUCCCCUUUUCACUGAAGGCAUUUUGAAAUAUCACUAAUGGAAAGGUUUUGCUUCUUUAAACCAAAAGUCUGUUCUAAGAAAGACAUUAAAGAUUAUGGCAUUCAAAUGAAAUAAACAUACAGG